AUGUUUUCUCCACAUGUUCGUCCCAGGAAAGCCCCUGGCGGAGAGAACUUCGUGGUGGACGUCGCCAGCCUCGCCGCCUCCUGCGGCGCCGGCGUGGGCGGCGGCGACGCGCGGGUGGCGCCGCGGGAGAAGACGUGGACGCAGCUGGAGGAGGCGAAAGCCAAGGUCGCUGCGGCUUCGCAGCCGGCCGACGGUGCGGUGCAAGCCGCCGCCCCCGUGCGGCGCCGGCGGAAGGGGCCCGGCGUUGCGGCGGCGGUGGGCAGCAGCGAUAUCUUUGUGAAGGCCGGUGAGAUGCAAGCGGAUCAGGGCAUGGGAUCACUCCAAUGGAUCACCUGCGCUGCGCCCAAUGAGGUGGUCGUCUUCAUCGAGGCACUCUUGGAACUCCCUGAAGAUGCUGAAGUGCAGCUCCAUUGGGGUUCCGCGCCGGCGGCCGGCAGCGAGUGGCAAGCCAUAGACGGCCCACUUCCUCCGGGUUCCACCGCCUUCGACGACGUGGCGGCGCGGGUCAAGCUGACCGGCCAGGCGCGGUGUCAGCUGAGCUUCAAGCGCGCCUCGACGCCACGCUGGGUGUCCUUCGUGGUGUUUGUGAAGUUUCCCUCGGGCGAGCUAUGGUUGAAGCGCGAGGGAGGUGACAACUUCUGGGUUCCGGUCCUGGCCUCGGACGACGAGGUGCCCGCCGCGCAGACGGCCAGCGAGCAGAGCCUGUCGGAGCGCUUCUGUCAAGCUGAAACGCGCUACCAGCACUUCACCCAGUUUCAGCGGAUCUGCCAAUGUAAUGAUGCCUUGGCCGCUGGGGUGGACUUCCAGACGGCCGCCUGGAUCACCACGGUGUUGUGCUUGGCAGAUGCAAAAGCCUUGGAAUGGUAUCGAAAGUCCGGGUAUCAACCCAAGGAUAUGGCACAUGCCCAGGAACGCAUUGGUGGCGUCAUGAGCACCGCAGUGUCCAACGCCAGCGACCCACGCAUCAGGACGAUGCUUCGCCUGGCUGUGAAAGCUGUGCCUCGCGGCAGCUCGGGAGGUGGCGAUGCCAUUCGUCACGGUAUCUUGAACAUCAUGCGCACCCAUGGCAUCAAGGAGGGCCACCGACCAGGCAUCGAGUGCAAAUUCAUCGAGCAGUGGCAUCAAAAACUGCAUACCAACAGCGCCCCUGAUGACAUCGCUAUUUGCGAAGGUUAUUUGGCUUACCUGUCCUCCGGCAACGUGGAUGAAAUGUAUCGCGUGAUGUGGGAGUGCGGGAAGCUCACACGAGAGGAUCUGGGAAAGAUGUGUCAGAUGGGCUUCAAGGACCACACCAAAAGCGGUGGUCGCGGCUUGAACUUCACUCCAGUGCAUUUGCCGCAUAUGUACGACGACGUCAAGAACUUUCUGGGUUUGUUGAAACACGUUCACGGUGGCACUGACCUGUUCGCCCUCUGUGAAGCCUGUAAAGGCCAAUAUCCAGAUCACGAUUCGGAAUGUUUGGCCUUCAGCAUCUUCCACAGUCGCGAGGACCCCUUCAGCAUGGGAAAGAUCUUGGAUCUUCGGAGGCGUUUGGAGCCCAUUUCUUGGAAGCGCGAUGUCCUGAUGUUGGAUGUUGCCAUGGAAGAGCAGCUCAGGACUCUGGCCGAACGCAGCGACGUCGCCGCCAUGCCACGUGAUGAUUUGUUGACCUUCAUUUUCUUGAUCUUGGAGGAUUUGAUGCUCUCACGCCACGAUCCCUCCCUCCAGCAGGGCUAUGGUUUGUUGCAGAAGCUGAUGCAGCAAGGCAGCAAAUGGAGCCCCGAGUGGUGCAAGAUGCUGCACGCCGCCUUUGACCGUCUGGCCCUCACCUGCACCGCCACUGCUGAUUGCAUUUCUACCGCGCUGCAAGAUUGCGCUGAUCAGUUGCUCCAGGCCGGCUCUAAACCGGGCGCGGUCUUUAGCCCGGAGGAGAAGCACCUGGGCACCUUUGGCGAGGAGAAGGCACGAUGUCUCACCGAGCGGGUCUUGGCACAGACCCUGAAGGUCUUCAUGCCGCAAGUGCGCAGGUUGUCGGGCCUGGGCCCGUGGGAGGUGGUCGCCAGCGGCUCCCUGGGCGGCGCAGUGGGCGUGGUGCAGCCGGUGGCGCAGCUGCCCAGCGAGGCACCAGCGGAGGCGCAGGUUCUGCUGGUGGAGACCAUGACGGGAUGGGAGGACAUCCCAGCGAACAUCCACGCCAUCCUGUUGCCCGCCGGCCAAGCGGUCGAUACCUUGUCGCACGUGGCCAUUCGCGCACGAAAUCAGGAGGUCUUGCUGGCCAGUUGUGAUGAGGAUCAACAACUCCAGCAGCUGCGACAGAUGAAAGGGCAAAACCUGCGACUUCAGGUGUCGGCCACAGGCGAAGUCACCUUGCAGGCCACCAGCGAGAAAUCCAAGCUGAAGAACAGUACUGCUGCAGCCUUUUUGGCGGAGACCAUGAAGCCUCCCCCGGCGCCGCCCACCCAAGUGCUGCCAGCCACGGACUUCACGAAGCAUCAGAAGAGCAUCGGAGGCAAAAGUCUUCACUUGGCCGAGUUGAUGGUGGAUGGCACGUACAGCGUCCCGGUGAGUGCCACAAUUCCAUACGGCAUGUUCGAGCAGGUGCUGAAAGACAAGGCCAACGAAGGAAUCGAAGAAGAAUUACAGGAGGUCCUGGAAGAGGGAGACCUUAACGAAGCGCGAAACUUCUUGGAAGAGGAACUGGCCGUCCCCAGCUCCCUCCGGGGCGCCCUGGACGCGGCGCUGGGCGCCGACGCCAAAGCCUUGGACGCCGGGGACUGGCAGCGGGCGCUGAAGAAGGUCUGGGCCUCCAAAUGGACCGAUCGAGCGGUCGCCAGCCGGAAGCAGAUGAAGGUUCCUGACAAGGCGCUAUACUUGGCGGUGCUGGUGCAACCGGUGGUGCACGCCCAGUACGCCUUCGUGAUCCACACCCGUUCCCCACUGCCCGGCGCUUCCCCCGACGCCGCGCUGGUGGAGCUCUGCGUGGGUCUCGGCGAGUCCUUGGUCUCCAACGCACCUGGCCGGGCGCUGUCAGCCAGCGUGGAAGGUCAAGCCAUCAAUGUUCACGUCUAUCCUUCCAAGCCAGAGGGCGUUUUCGUUCCAGAAGGUGGUACGGCCAUCUUCCGCUCGGACUCCAAUGGCGAGGACCUGGAAGGCUUCGCUGGUGCUGGCUUGUACGAUUCCGUGACGGUGAAGGAAUGUGAACAUCGAUCCAUCGACUAUGCAGAGGAGCCGCUAUUUUUUGAUGUGCAGUUUCGAUCGCAGCUGUUGCUGAAGCUUUUCCAAAUUGGAAGGCAAAUCGAAAAGAAUUUCAGCGGCCAAGCGCAGGACAUUGAAGGGGCUGUGACGGCAGAUGGAAAGAUCGUGAUCACUCAAUCCAGACCACAAGUCUGAGCAUCUGCCUAAAGAAUGACCACGUGCUGAA